UCGACCUGCCCUCAAUGAGGCCUCCCUCCACUCGCCAUUCUUCGGGAUUGUCUCUCUGGAAAAGCACGGAGGCCGUUGUGAUCAUGACAAAAAGCCUGGUUGUUUCCAAACGCGCGCUGGGUUCGAGUGUCGAGUGAGUGGGAGAGAUAGUCUCCCGGGUGCCUCCUAUGGCUUUGUUUCGUGGCACGGUCUGCUGUCUCCAGUUCGCCGCCCGUUUCAAUGUGUGCGCAUGUGCGUAUGUGCGUGCAUCCCAUUUAUUAGAAGCUGCCCGCUAUGGCGUUACUUGUGGUAACUUGCUCGCCACUCAAGGCUGCUCCAUCUCGGGCACUCCAAGGAUGGAGUGUUCAAGGCACAAUCAUACCCGUUCGACCGUCGUCUACAACGGACCCUGCUUCCCCUGGAGGACGUGGAUGAAAAUUCUGGGGUCUAUGAGUGGUUUGGAACUUUGCGCCCCCUUGGGAAUUCACGUGAGCGUAGACUGGUGGAGAGUAUUCGUGCCAUGGAUGAAUGAAUCCAUCAACAGGGCGGAUUUGCACGCUCGCUCAGGAAGAUACAGAUCCGGUCAGAUCAGGGGCAGCAAGCAGAGACAAGCCAUGCAAGGCAAACAACGGGUAAACAAGAUGUGCCCCAAGCGUUCGGACGACCGAGAACCGAACCCCUUUCUUGGGAAGUUACAUGUUUCUCCCGACUCCGAUGAACUACAAACACGUCGAUGGCCCCUGUUCUGUGACUGCAUUCUGCAAGGUGCUGCUGGUGCUGUUGGUCUUGCUGAUGCAUGCGGGUUAUAUGUAAUAUGUACGAAAUGUCAAAUAGUUCCAACUUCCUGCAUCUGCUUACCUUACUCACCCAAGGUGCCUGUGUUCCAUCUGCAGCUCCAUCUGUGUUUGAGGCGCACGUCGACAAAUAUAGAAGCGGUGCCGUUGCUUACAUGUUGAGGGUACCUACCUAAGGUAUACAAGAGGAGGAUGGGUAUCCUCGUAAUGACUUUAAACGCCAGGAGACAUCCCGCGGCCACCUUCUUUCCCGUGUGCCUCUCCGGGGACAGAAAUACAACUCCUGAACUGUCAACUCAACUGAAGUAUGGCGUAUGGAUAUGUCCCCUUAUCAAGAGGUAUACUACGUCUAGUAACAAAAGUUGCCGAGUACACGCUUGAGAAAUUCUCAGGGAUUCAUGAUCUAACCCCCCCAAGAACGAGUGUAAGGAAUUAUUAUAAUCUUUCCAUUAGUCAAUGUAGUUGUAAGCGGGUCAUCUUCUUUGUUUUCCUCCUCUUGCCCCUCCGCUCCUCUUCCUCUUCCUCUCCCUCCUCCUCCGGUUGGUCCUCUUCCUUCCCCGAUAGCGAAUCAGCCUUUGAGAGGCAUUCGGCCCAACAACAUCUCAAUGGAUGUUCAGCGGUGAGCCCAGGGUAGAAAAGGG